CCCCCCUCCGACCUGAAUGAAGACGAGCCACUCGUCAGUCCGCCGCUAUUGCUAACUAAACUGCGGAACUACAGCAGUGAUACAGUCCGUUGCUCGUCAUUUGUAGCUUGAAGUUGGGGUACAGCGUUUACACGAAGGCCUCUUUAUCGAUCCCUCGUUGUGGAGUAGCUUACUGACUGCAGCUAAGGUAGCUAACCGGACCACUCACCCAAGUUUCUGGUUAAGUUAAUGUUCGCUAGUUGCGUCGUUUUUGACGGCUAACGCUAACUAGCUAGUCUCAUUGGUAUUCGACGUCAGUUUCAAAACAAAGCCCGCAAAAAAAAAAAACACCCCGAGAAGUUGAGACUCAGCUGUCACCUCCAGAAUAGCUUGCUGCAAGACAAGCUAGCCGGGGUUUAAGUCUGUCAACCGACCGAAGAUAAAGUCCGCUAUUCAGCUGAUGUUUAAUGCACCCUGUUAAUGCCCAAUUAACGUUAUUUCGCUGAGGUUAAAGCUAAGUUAGAGAAGCUGUCAGCAGGUUAGUCUGUGGCGCGUUUUGAACUGAUCCAACCCAGCAGCUAGCGUUAACAUUUAAAUUCAAGUUUUUACUGCUGAAGCUUGGAUUUAAAUGUCCGAAAAGAGUUCAUCGUCCGGUUCGGAAGAGGAUGUGGACCCGGAAUCCGGACAGCCUGUGGAGCUCGGAGGCGUUUUAAGCAAGUGGACAAAUUACAUACACGGAUGGCAGGAUCGAUGGGUCGUGUUGAAAAACAAUACCUUGAGCUACUACAAGUCGGAGGAUGAACGAGAAUACGGCUGCAGGGGGUCUCUGUGCCUCAGCAAAGCUGUUAUAACACCUCAUGAGUUUGAUGAGUGUCGUUUUGACAUCAGCGUGAAUGACAGUGUUUGGUACCUCAGAGCUGAAGAUCCCGAGCACAGACUCCAGUGGAUUGAGUCUAUAGAGCUGCACAAGGCAGAGUCUGGUUAUGGUUCAGAAACCAGUCUCAGGCGUCAUGGUUCCAUGUUGUCUCUCACCUCAGCAGCCAGUGCCUUGUCUGCCACAUCCACAUCCUCCUUCAAGAAGGGGCACAGGUUGCGUGAGAAGCUAGCAGAAAUGGAAACCUUCCGGGACAUUCUGUGCAGACAAGUGGACACCCUGCAAAAAUACUUUGACUCCUGUGCUGAUGUCUCCAAAGAUGAAUUUCAGAGAGACAGAGUAGUAGAGGAGGAUGAAGAAGAAUUUCCUACUAGACCAGACGCGGGUGAAUAUAAUCACAACAACAAUGGCAGCAAAGAGAAAUUGUUUUCCCCUGCCAGUCCCAAAGGUAUGAACGGGAUAGACUUCAAGGGUGAGGCCAUCACCUUCAAGGCCACCACAGCAGGCAUCCUCUCUACCUUGUCCCACUGCAUCGAACUGAUGGUCAAACGGGAGGACAGCUGGCAGAAGAGACUCGACAAGGAGCUAGAGAAGAGGAGGAGGAUUGAAGAUGCCUACAAGUCUGCUAUGAAUGAACUGAAGAAAAAGUCACACUACGGAGGCCCAGACUACGAGGAGGGUCCCAACAGCCUGAUCAAUGAAGAUGAGUUCUUUGAUGCGGUGGAAGCUGCUUUGGACCGACAGGACAAGAUAGAGGAACAGUGCCAGUCAGAGAAGGUCAGGAUACCUCGACUAACUCCAGUUCCUCCUGGAGACGCCUACUCCACCAUCGGUACACAUCGAUUUGCCACCAAGCCGCAUAGCCAUUCUUCUUCCCUGUCCUCCGUUGAGCUAGUCAGUGCUUCAGAUGACAUUCACAGAUUCAGCGCUCAGGUGGAGGAGAUGGUGCAGAAUCAUAUGACUUACUCUCUUCAGGACAUGGGUGGAGAUGCCAACUGGCAGCUGGUAAUAGAGGAAGGAGAGAUGAAGGUGUACAGGAGAGAAGUAGAGGAGAAUGGUAUUGUGCUGGAUCCUCUAAAAGCUACACAUUCUGUGAAGGGGGUGACAGGACAUGAAGUCUGCCACUACUUCUGGGACACAGAUGUCCGAUUGGACUGGGAGACCACCAUUGAAAAUUUCAACGUUGUGGAAUCUCUCUCUGAUAAUGCCGUCAUUGUUUACCAGACGCACAAGAGAGUGUGGCCUGCGUCUCAGAGAGAUGUGCUCUAUCUGUCAGCAAUCAGAAAGAUCUUGGCAACAAACGAAAAUGAUCCCGACACAUGGCUGGUCUGCAACUUCUCUGUGGAACACGACAAAGCCCUUCCCACAAACCGGUGUGUUCGUGCCAAAAUCAAUGUUGCUAUGAUUUGCCAAACGCUGGUCAGCCCACCAGAGGGUGAUAAAGAGAUCAGCAGAGACAACAUCCUUUGUAAGAUCACCUACGUUGCCAAUGUAAACCCUGGAGGCUGGGCUCCAGCAUCAGUCCUCAGAGCCGUGGCCAAGAGAGAAUAUCCCAAGUUCCUCAAGCGCUUCACCUCCUAUGUCCAGGAUAAAACUGCUGGGAAGCCCAUCCUCUUCUGAACACAACGAGGCUUGCAGAGGGCCAGGGUUGCCCACUGGAGAGGCUACACUGUUCAGCAAUGAACAAGCUUUCCGUGACUACAUGACCUGUUCACAUGUCAAUUAGAAUGUGUUUUCAAACUUACUACAGGCAGGACACCAUAUCAUCCUGGACGUCCCACUCGACACCUGCUUGUAGAAGAGACUGGUUUUACGGCUUUAAUCCAUCAGUAGUUGUCAUCCCAGCCACAUUAUAAUGGCUUAACACCAUCUGUUGGUCAUUGGUACAUUUGUAUGUAAAUUCAAGAGUUUCCUAAGUGGUUUUUGAAUGGUUGUUACCGAUUAUUUGCUUUUUUUGUAAAUUGUUUUGUACAUUUCUUAUGAUUACAUACUUCUUGACUUUUUUGGGUUUGCUUUAAUCACUAGUAUUACAGCUACUUGUUUUGCUGCUGCUAAAGUAACUACCAUGAGAGAGGAAAGUAGAUAUUGACAGGAAAAGCAUUGAUGAGGUGUGGUACAGUAUCUCCUCUUUCUUGCCUUCUCCUGUCCCUCUAGUGAUUACUCUCUUUGCAUUUUGAUGGGGGCCCAGAGCCUAAAGCUUUGAAAUCUUUAUAUUUCUAGAUUGUUAUAAAGUAGCUUCCAGAGAGCACCAUGGACACAAUGUAUUGUACAGAGAAAACAGAAUAAGUUUUCAGUUAGUUUACCAAUAUGAGAAAUGUGAAUUGACUGUUAAACGCUUGAAUUUGAUGACAGUAAUGGGCCAGGGAUACCUGAAGUGGGAGAUAAAGAGCAUUUUCUAAGUCUAAUUAACUUGUGUUAGACAAUAUUUUUUGACACAGUUGAACUGAUAAUCAAUUGGAUAUCUAUGAUGUAAUUGACUGUGGUCUAUAGAUGCUAAGUUGCAGCCUAUUGUCAGCAUGUAUCUGUCUUUGACCUCCACGUCACACACGGUUCUGUGACAGAUAUUUGCAAAUAGCCAGCAAUAGUGUCUGAUAUAAAGAUUCCUCUCUUUCAUUGAGAGAUGAGUGGAUACAUUUUGUACAGCCGAGGUUGUUUUUCACAAUUUUCAGCCCCUGAUGAGGCAGAAAAAAAUGUCUGUCCAGUCCCGAGUGUCAAGUUUGUAAAUUAGUCCUGCUGCUGUUGUGCAGGAUAAAGUGAAGUUGUAAAAUGUUGAGUAAGAUAUCAUCUACACCCUACACUCUAAGUUAUACUCUAAUGUUACAUUUCACAUGCCACACUACAGUGCAGUGGCCUCUUGCCCUUUGACUGAUAAACUACCCCCAGAAUGCCUUAGACACCAGGAUGAACCCUAAAAAUCCUGGUUUUCUCUACUGUACAGCCACCAGAUGUGCAUUUAUCAACACUGAAAUGAGCGGCGGGGGAAAGGGUCAGCAUUUCACAUCAUCUUACCUCAAGAUUUAAAUUUACUCUAGGUUGUUUUUAUGCCAUCAAAAGUUGGGAGUUUUGCAAUCAGUAGAUCUGAGUGGUUGAAAAUUCACCAUCAGAUUUUUUUUUGGUCGAAGGGGUCUGAUGUUAGGAAGGAUCUGGAUAAUUGUUUUGCUGAUGAUUACAAUAGCUAGAUCUACAAGCAAUGUCAGCUGAAGAAUGCAUUUAGUGUUUUUAAUUUUGAUAUUUUGUCAAUCUACACACUUUGUAUAUUUCUAAGUUGUACAUCAGAAGUGUUAUUAUUUGCACUAAAUGUAAUGCAAUUUGACAAUGUUCUGUAAAUUAAAAUUGUUACACAACAGAAAAA